AUGCUUUACCAGAUGUAUGCGUUUGGCAGCAAUGGGGAGGGGCAACUCGGGCUACCUGCUGCGGAAAUUAUUGAAGUGCCGACCAAAGUUUCUUGUACACUGCCUCUCGCAGAUAUUUCUGCAGUUCGAGGAGGUGACAAUCAUACUCUAUUCCUGUGCAAGGAUGGAGUCGUUUAUGGAGUUGGCGACAAUCACAAGGGUCAAUUAGGCACUUUGGGAAACGAACCUCGAAUCCCAGUCUUCAUAAAAGGGUAUGAAAAUGCAUCUUUAAUUGCGGCUACUUGCGAAUCUUCUGCAUACAUCACGAGAAGCAGUUCUGGGGAGAGCUACAUCCACACGGAGGGUACCGGCCAAUGGGGCGAACUUGGUCGUGAAGAGCAAGUCGGUCCCAAAACGUCAACUCGCAUCACCACACCGCUUCCUGGUGCAAUUGUCGACUUUGCUGCAGGAGUUUGGCACUAUGUAGUCAUUCUCGACGAUGGCUCGGUUUACGGCUGGGGGAAAGCUCGUCUAGGUCAACUUGGCGAUAGUCUUACUGGCAAAGUUACAACUCCGACCAAAAUUAAUGACAUACCGUUCAAGCCAACCAAAGUCGUCUGCGGCAAGGACUUCACCUACCUUGUUGGGGAGCCAUCUUCUGGAAAACACGUUCUACUCGGCAAAGACAAAUUCAAUAUCAUUUCAAAUAUGCCAGAACACAUCAAGCACUGGAAAGAUAUCGGCGCUACAUGGCAUGCCAUCUUUGUCUUAUUCAAUGAUGGGACGCUCACCGCAUGGGGGAAAGAGAAUAUGUGGAAAUUGCUACCACCAAAUUUACCACUUCUGGAUAAGAUUGCUGUGGGCUCGGAUCAUGUGGUUGCGGUAACAAGAGAUGGUAAAUUGAUAUCUUGGGGGUGGGGGAAACACGGGAACUGUGGUAAUUUGAAGAAUCUCAAGCAGGAGAUUAAGAACGAUAUGAUUAGUGGUUUUUGGAACGAGAUUGAGGUUUCUGGUGAGAUAGAGACUAUUGGGACUGGGUUUUGCACUAGCUUUGUCAUUACGAAAUGA